AUGUCAAGAAGCUCAGCGGGACGACCAAACACCAAGAUCUCCUCGUUAGUAUCACUUUAUGAAGAACAAGCUUUAAAACAUACCAACUCAGCCAAACGAACCAAAGCCGACGCUUCCGAGGGUUCUUCGACUCGCGCCAGCCGGCAUCUAUCACCUUUGCCACAGCCUCCAGUCUUCAAGUUUUGCUCACCCGUUUUGACCACGGGUUGUCUUCCUCCAAUCAUACAUGUUGAUCCCGAGCCGGAUCCUAUCCCAAGUGCGCCCACUAAUCCGGUCCAAUGUAGCUCCAUGGAAAUGGUCAAUACAUCAGAUUCCUCUACGACACUAAGCCCGCAAGAUCUUACAGCUUGUGUAGCUGCCCCAUUCCUCAAUCUGGGUCAAAUACAGGAUAAUGAGCCGAGAACUGAUUCCCAUUCCUUUCGUAAAAUGGAUGUGUCUCAGGACUCAGCAUGUCCAUCUGUCAUUGAAUCUUCUUCUGGACCAUCAUCUCAAAAUUGCACUCUGGUCACCGACACGUAUCACAAACAGCUUUUGACGAAGCGUAUGUCCAACGGAUCUACCGACUUUUCUCGCGUUUUUGAGACCUCGACAGAUCCUACAAUCGAUAGAAAACCCCUUCUGACGGGAGGCGAGUCAACUAUAUCUUCCACGGGAUCCAAAAUCGGAGUUCCGGCACAUCGCGUAUUCACACGUGGCGCACCAGCUUUGUUACUACCGGCACUUGACGAGUUGCUUGAGAGCAUCGAAGAUGCAUGCUUUGAAGAAGUGAGAAUUAAUGAUAUGAGUGAACAAGAGGGCUCAACCUGGCGAGACUGGAUCCGCGGCACCUCCCAAGACCCCCCGUCGUAUAAUUGGAAUCCUUUUCACCGCACCAGAGGACGAAAGUGCACGAAAAUGGUAAACCAUCGUAUGAAUAACGAAAUCUCCGACAUCCCUUCAAAGACAGAGCAAAAGUAUUCGUCAAGCAAGGAGUCUGACUUCGAGCGAGGCUCGCAUCACGAUUCAGAACCGUUUGUAAAUACGUCUACAAUCUCAUUCCUACCGGAUCUUCCUUCCGAAAUCCCGGCUUCGCGUGCCAAGGCUCCUAAAAAAGAAAGAAUUCGGAGACUCAUCUUCUUGCCGAUGCACCUCUUACCCGCGAAUCUGACAAUCACUGAUCUGAAGCUGAAUAGAUCCGCAUCAGCAUCGCUUCUUUCAAUGACUGACAUAAUUUCAUUGGGAAUGGACACGAUACUUGAUGCAGAGGAUACCCCUUAUGCUAUGUCUUUGAUGAAUAUCGAGAUGUUUCGGGACAUGUCACAGAUGAUCGGUCUUCUCAUUGGAUUCCGAAGUGACUAUUGGCAAUCGCCUCUGCCUACGACUACACCAAUAUUCGACUCGGCUGCGUCUUCAAACUUGACCAUAGUAAACGUCCUAUUCGGACGGAUCCCGGCCGUUGUCGGGCUUGAUUUUGUCAGUGCGUUUGGAAAAGCAGUGCUCUGGUUCUGGAUUUUCGGAUGCAUCUGUGCUUUGGGUCUUUAUGAAUUUUAUAGACUUACAGGUGGGUGGACAGGACCUCAAAGAAGGCUAUCUAACUCAGCGCGGUUUGGGGAAGGUUUCGAUAUGGAAGACAAUUUCCACAAUUCCAAGAUUCGUUCGACGUGGAGACAAAGCAAAACUUACAUCACUACUCUCACUUUUCUCCUUACCUCGUUUUAUGUCCCCCUUUCCAAAAUCAGUAUAGGCGCUCUUGCUUGGACAAGUGACUUUUGGGCGAUUCCCAAUCCGUAUGUUAAUAGCGAUCAACCACAAGUGGACCCCCUCGGACCUUCAGAUCUAUAUCGUGCCUCUUUGGACUUUUGCUACACUACCACGAUGAAAAAACCACAAGGAGUUUUGAUCAACAUCAACUGGACAGUACCUAUAAUUCUGGCAUCAAUGUUCAAUAUCUGUACAUUAUCGUUAUGGUUCCCUAUAAGAUUGUGGCAAACGGUGAAUGUUGAAGCACCCAAAGUAGAUGAGUAUACUGAACUAGGAGAAAAGCGUAACGCCGUCGACCAAGAGUACAUGCGUCUCGUCGAUUGCGACCAAGGACCAUUCGUAUAUCUGUACAGCUCUAUACAGCUGAGGGCCAAACCUUUCAUCCAUCCAACACAAAAUGCGUCUGACACUGUUGGUAAAUUUGGGUAUCUUGUGAUCAGCUUCAUAGGAUUGUUGGUUGCCCUCAAAGUCAAAGGAAGUCGCGUUCUGGGUGGUCCCCUGCUUGUAGUGAUUACUGCGCUAAUAUAUGUUUUGAACGCUUAUUUUACAAUUAUUCGUACUCCGAUAUUUCAACGCGUAAUCAAACGGUAUCAGAAACGCUUAGAUUUUAGUAUAGAUUUAUUCUCCCCGCAGCUAGACUUGGCUAAACAUAUCACUCGGCGGCUACAAGAAUACACAAGAGCCAAUGCGGAGAUGGUCACAUCAAAUAGGCAAAACAAUGAUCACAACGUCAUACGCGGUCUUAUCAUCCACGAGUUCACGGGACCCGAUUGCUUUUGGAAGCCGCGCACCCCUCCCUACGCGCACAACGUGACAACAUUCUUUGGAAGGGCCGACGUAGUUCCUUUUCCAUUUACUGUGAUCUUUAGAUACGAUCAGUCUCCUGAUCCAAUAUUCAUUACUCAAUCAGAAGAUCUACAAGCUUAUGUAAAUCAAAAUAAUACGAUGGAAAUACUGAUGCGACGACAAGUCCGCUUACUACUACGAUCUCUCGAAGGCAAAGAAGUGUUUGCACCCCUCACAGAGGAAUGGGAGCGAGUCAAGGGUAAGAAAGGCUUAUUCAGGCGAAACGCAGACUCGCGCAUUCAUUUCCGCAGUGGAAUUCUGAAGAUCAGGCGUAAUUGUGACUUGAGCUGGCGAGGGUAUAACUAUAACUCGGGAUUUGAGGUUACUAUAAAUUACUGUGACGGACAACUAGCUAAGUCAAAUGGUUCAGUCACCAGUAAGAUAAAGUACACGCGGGAGGCGCACUCAAUCGGUCUGCUGGAUGAUUUUAAACUUUCUCCCGGACUUGCCAGAAUCUUUCAAGACAAUAAGCACGUUAUUGGCACAAAAAUAGGCUCGAUACAAACCCAUCUUAAGAGUAGACGUGAUUAUUUUGCUACCCAGUUUGCUUGGAAGCUCAACACUAUGUCAUAUUCAUUCUUACUCAACUUGUUGAUGAAAGAAGAUGUUACUGCGGCAUCAUUGGCUGAGCAUAUCAAGUUGGAAGAAGUAGAUCCUAAGAUGCGUGAUUUUCCGGAAGUCUGUCGUGGAUCACUGCGAGCCGUUGAUGAUCGAUUACAGUUUAUUCAUAAAAACAAAUUGACAAGGUGGUGGUAUACUUUCUUUGACGAUGUGUAUCGGAGAAAUGCUGUCGAUGUUCCUGCUCUAUCUCAAUCACCCUCUGACUUUUCACCCCACUACCGCUCAAGCAUCUGUUAUCGCCCAAUGUCAAGAAAAAAACUAGAGGAUUUUUUGAUUGAGCGACAGCUAGCUACUGUUGACGGCCGAGGCGGCUUCUUUCACAGCGGUCUUUUAAACCGCAUGUAUUUUUAUAUGGAUGAGAUGAUGUUCGAGGGCACCUCAAAAGGAAUCUCAAUCCGUGUCGGUGACUCCCGUGAACAGGUCAAGCUGGAAUCUCUGCCUUCUGCAACUAAGCAUCGUAAGCAACACGACUCAAGCUCAUCUGAGUACAGCUCUUAUUACGAUCCAUACGGACCAUCAAGAUAUUCCUCUCGAUUCACACAAUUUACCGGUGAAGGUACAGAUGAAGGUGAUCCAGUGAUCAGAUUUAGGAAUGCUUUUGCUCAUGAACAAAUCUUUGAUCAAACUUCUCAAGAAACAUCUACACGUUUUGCUUACAUUCUUCAAAGAGUCAAGCGCGGUACCCGAGAGUGGUUAGGUCUUGUUCCAGUUCAUCACGCUAGGCGUCAUUCAGCUGGUAUCUCUUUAGGAUUAAGAAGAACAACUACUGGAUUUGAACUUCCCAGAUCAGCACAUAGCCCAGUGAUUAGCUUUUGUUCAGAAUCUGAAGAGAAAUCUGAACGGAUUCAUAGUCAAAUUGAUUCACUUGAAUAUGGUUAUCCUCGAAGUGAAAUUUGAUAGAAAUUGGAAGGAAAUUGGUCAUCGACACUUUAAGACGAGCUGUCUUUGUAAUAACACGUGAAGAACCUGUACCAUAUUGUGGACAUUGCAUUGUCUAGAUAGCAUUUUAUUCAAAUUGGAUCCACGCUUAUUUGUAAAGAUUUGAUAUUUUCUGUAUGAGAAAAUCAAUUUCAACUCCAUUUUGUGUCCUUUGUUGAUUCCUAGAAUAAUUGUAACUUGAAGCUUUUCUUGGCUGGAAUUUAAUGAAGGACUGUUUUUACC